CUAAGUUUCUCACCAGGCUAAUCCACUUUCCCAUUUUGCACAUAUCAAGUCAAUAUCGGAAAACUUUGUAUAAUGAGUAACCUACCGCUUUGUACUACAAGUUGAAUGCCCAAAUAAAACAAUCAGAUGAUGAUAUGUGAUACAAUUUGAGUAUUCUCAAUCUCUCAGUUUUCUUUGCAAGAGAGGAAAAAGCUUUAAUUCUGUACUGUUAUGGAAGAGGUAAUACACAGCAAAAUGACACCUUCUUCUGCAUUAGAUUCCGUGACAUGGGAAGAAAUUGACCUUGCUGAAAGCUAUCUUGUUAGUGGUAUGUUUGAGGAGGCAGCGGCUUUGGCCUCUUCUAUUUCCACACGUUUAUGUGAUUAUAGACACACAUACAGCGAGGAUGAGAUCCUAUGGCACAACAUGAUGGAAUCGUCUGUGAUGGUGCUAGUCCAGGCUUGGAGAGAAACUGGAAGGACAUCAGAUAUAUUGAAUGAGCUCAAGUCUUAUUUUGGAUCAGUGACUGAAAUUCCAGUUCAUGUUGUUCUUACAGGCGCAUGUGUGCAGCUCUCAGGUGGGCAUCCCUCUAGAGUUCGUGAUUUUCUAGAGGAUUUUCUUGCAAGAUGGCAGUUCAAUAACGAGAAAGACCAUGUUUCUGUGCGUCCAAAUGUGCGAAAAAAUGAUGUGGUACUAUCUGCUAAGCGGUCCACAUUAGAAGUGGACCAAUAUCUCAAAGUCGUUGAAUUUUAUGCAACACUUCUGGGAAUGGUUCUAAAUGAUGUUGACCAUGCUCUUUCAUGGGUUGAGCAAGCCCAGUUACCAGAGGAAGCAAGGCAGGAUCUCUUGAGGAGACUCGUCUCUCUGAAUUCUCUUAAAUCAUCUAGCUCACUUGGUGCAGUUUCAGUAUCAAUGGAUGAGGAACCUGAAUGUCACCCUUUAUCUUUGAAAGAAGUUAAACAAUCAGACAAGACCAUGACAGUCCUAAGUACCCAAUGUCACAAUAGCGUUGUUGAUACAAAACACUCGAUCUGGAUAUCUUUGCAGAACAUGACCCAGAAAACUUGCCAUUCUGUUAUUGCAUCUAAAGGGAAGAUCUUCAUUGGUUGUUUGAUCUUUUUGAUCUGCUAUUUCAUCCGGAAGAAACGAGAAACCAUAAAAAGGGUUGUUUUAAGGCGAGUGUUAUCAAUGAAACAAGCUUUGACGGACCUCUGGAAGCUUGCAUUUUCAUACCAAGUGAACCCAUUGGCUGCCGUUCAGCCCCUUCCUACCUCAGCAAACCGGAGCAGGUGAUUGUGCAUGGAUGGACGAUAGUGCCUUGAUCUUGAUAUCGCAAAAUUCACCAUAAGCUCAAAUCUGAUUUUGUUUUCUUCUUCUGAAAGAACAUUUAUCUGAUGGUGCUUAUUGUGGUGCUAUGGUGAUGAGUGCAAAUUGCUGCAAUCAGUCAGGAGUUCAUUGUGGUAGGUCCCCUUAUGGGAGGGGAAAUGCCUCAGUUUGAGGUGUGGUUGAACCAUCUGUAAAGAACAAGAAAUGUGCAAGACAAAAUAUUCAGUUCAUAUUGACUCUGUAUGUGUAUGGAUCAAAAGUGGUUGAUUCAUGCUCAAUCCUUGAUAUGUCAUAUUUAUAUAUAGUUUUUAGAUGCAUUUUGAUUGCAUUUAGAACUCCUUUUAGAGCAUUUAGGUGUAUAAUGGAAUGAAUUACGUAAGUUGUGCUCUA